GGCCUGCCUGGACGUCACGUCCGGCCGGGCGCCAUCUUGCUGGUUUGCGUCGGGACUUGGAUGUAGCGGCGGAGGUGGUGAGGGCGUGGGGAAGGGUGGGGUGAGGGGGCGAGGCCGCGACUGGGGCGGCGACACUCUCCUCCCCUCGGCCCCACCGCGCGGGACGGCGUGAACGCGGUGCCGGAGGGAUGUCCGCCUUCUCCGAGGCGGCGCUGGAGAAGAAGCUGUCGGAGCUGAGCAACUCGCAGCAGAGCGUGCAGACCUUGUCCCUGUGGCUCAUCCACCACCGCAAGCACUCGCGGCCCAUCGUCACCGUGUGGGAGCGGGAGCUGCGGAAAGCCAAACCAAACAGGAAGCUUACUUUUCUCUACCUAGCCAAUGAUGUCAUACAGAACAGCAAAAGAAAGGGGCCGGAAUUUACAAAAGAUUUUGCACCAGUUAUAGUGGAGGCUUUUAAGCAUGUUUCAAGUGAAACUGAUGAAAGUUGUAAGAAGCACCUUGGGAGAGUGUUAUCUAUUUGGGAAGAAAGGUCUGUUUAUGAAAAUGAUGUAUUAGAACAACUUAAACAGGCUCUGUAUGGCGAUAAGAAGCCCAGAAAGCGAACUUACGAACAGAUAAAGGUGGAUGAAAAUGAAAACUGUUCCUCUCUGGGAUCUCCAAGUGAACCACCACAGGUAACUCUAGAUCUCGUUAGAGCAUUACAAGAUCUAGAAAAUGCAGCUUCAGGUGAUGCAGCAGUUCAUCAGAGGAUAGCUUCUUUGCCUGUUGAAGUCCAAGAAGUGUCCCUACUAGAUAAAAUAACAGAUAAAGAAUCUGGAGAAAGGCUUUCUAAAAUGGUAGAGGAUGCUUGUAUGUUGCUGGCAGAUUACAAUGGCAGAUUGGCGGCAGAAAUAGAUGAUAGGAAGCAACUCACUCGAAUGUUAGCAGAUUUUCUUCGUUGUCAAAAGGAAGCCCUUGCAGAGAAAGAGCAUAAAUUGGAAGAAUACAAGCGCAAGCUAGCCAGAGUUUCCCUGGUGCGCAAAGAACUCAGGUCCCGGAUCCAGAGCCUGCCAGACUUGUCCCGACUGCCCAAUGUCACUGGCAGCCACAUGCACCUGCCCUUUGCAGGGGACAUCUACAGUGAAGAUUGAUGACCAAUCUCUUUCCAGGUCUCAGGACUUUGCAAGAGAUGGAGACAGGUUAGGUGGAUGGUCCUGUAGCGUUAUUUUUGUAUAUUGUUGAGAGAGAAACACUAACAAAAGGAACAACAAGUAAUUUAUAAAAUUGUUUAAAAUAUUGGUUUGUUUACUAUUUUAUUGGUAAGUUAACAUGACUUAGUUUAAACAAAGUGAUGAUCUCUGUGUGUUAAUAAGCUCACAAACAGUGAUUAUUUUCAAAAGAUCUUUUUGUAAAUUUUUUUGAUCCAGGGCUUUGUGAGAAAUUCCAUGUUUCUAUUUCUUCAUGUGUUUUCAGUGGUUUUUCUUUCUUUCUUUUUUUUUUUUUUCAGUAUCUAAUCACUGUAUACUAUGUAAUUCCUAAAGGGGAAGAACUGAUCAGGAGUUGGUUGAGACUGUAUCAUGGUGUAGUUAGGACUCGACUGUAGAGGGGACUAAAUGUUCCAACAUAAUCUUCCCCUUCUUCCCCCCAAAAUUCUCAGUUUUCUGCUUCUCCAUGCCUUCAAUUUGUAUUCUCUAGAGGUCAGUAACUUAACACUAAACAUGGAUGUCACUUGGAGGGUCAGAUAGAAACCUAGAGAACUUUCCCCCAAGAGCAUUGUAGGGCAUCUAUUCCAACUGCCAGUGUAGGAUAAAAAGUGUUAAAUAGUGGCUUCUUUGAUUGAACUGCUUAGAACUAUUUGAGUAGGUUAAUAUGACAUGCUUUGGAACUGUUAUACAUUUUUGACAUUCUAUCAAAAGGACAGCUUUGGUUCUAGAACUGAUUUCUAUGUGUCUAAUCAGUCUCCUUUUAACACAGUGAUCCCUGUAACAAAAAGCCAUCUGUGGGAUUAAGAGACACAUUAAAUAAUGAUACUUUAAUUAUUUCUUUAGCCAUAUAACUUUUAAAAAAUAGUAUUUUUAAUUCUAAUAGCUCAAGAACACAAUACUCAAUGUUCAGUAAAGUAGCUUGGAACAUUUUUCAUGUUUCCUUAAGGUUUUUGAAUGACUGUAUAUUUGGCAAUUAAGCAGUGCCACACUACAGGGUAGAUCUGUUAAAUUUUAUAUUUGUAUAUUUACAGUUACCAAAACAAAUGUAUUUUUACCUUUGAUUUCUAACCCUGUGUGUUAGAGCAGUUGCAUGCUCUCCUGCUUUUUAAACUACAUUGUUAAGCUGUGGAUUUGUACUCAAUAAUGACUUAGGAUAAACAUCUUUCCCUUAAUUGCUUUACAUAUUAGACAUUUUCCUUCUCAUUGUAAGUAGGUUCGAAUUAGAUAGUCAAUAAAACAUCUUUUAAAUCCCACAAGCCAAUUAUGUCUCACUAGUCUGAAUGGCUUCCCUCUGUUUCUUUGUCAGUAUUAGAGAUUAUAGUUAAAAUGGAUUUACAUGCGAAGAGGGCACACAUUUAUUUUUAAUAGCCAGAGGUUCUGGAAACAGUGCUUUUAACAAUUUGACCUCUCUCUAAAACAGAGACACGUAAGUAGUUCCCAUGCAAAGAUGGCUCAUAUUCCAAAGUUUUUUAGUCAACCUUGGAGACCUGGGGUUCAUUUUCUUUCAGAAAUAGUAGUGGUUGCUUCCCACUAUCACUGAAAGCUCACCUGGGAGCCAAAUCUGCUUAGCCAGGAAUGUCUUCAACUUGUCACAUGCUUCACAGGUUACUACUAGUGGAUCCUGACCGGCAUUUAUAGCAUCUCUCUGAGGAAGUGGCGUGCAGCAGCAUGACUCCCAUUCUAGGGUGUCUGCCUGUGCUGUGUACUCUGUUCCUAGCUGUAGGAAAUGGAGGAAAAAGAUUCAGCAAAGCAGGAGAGGUUACAAAACCUGGUUAUACGAGUCAUGAAAGUAUACUGAGUAAGUUAGUUUUUAUUGUUAAUGUGAAAGCAAAAAUGUGUAUGUUAAUUUAUUUUACAAUAUCUUGACCUUAUUUAUGAUCUGCUAAAGUGGUGAUCUAUCCAUUCAAAAUAUAUAUUUUUUUUCCAUUUAAAACUAAUUUAUAAACUAUGUAUUCCUGGGAAGAUUUGAAAUCUUUUAGAAGUUUGUUGAAAUAUUUUCACCAUGCAAGACAGACUUCUUAGAUACUGAUUUUAAUGCCAGUAUCUGCUCUAAAUAUUUAUGAUAAAAAUGCAUUAUUUUUGUAAAGAGCUUGAUGAGAUUUGUGAUGAGUGGUAGUACUCAAGAACCCGAAUCCCACCUCUUGACCGAUCUCCACAAACCUCAGUUGUGGUUAACUCAUUAACUGGACACAGACAGGAUGAUCCAGUGGAGAAGUCAUCUUUUCAGCCAUAUAAUAGUUAACAUGGUAAGCCUUAGCAGCAAGCAGUCUUCCCUUCUGAAAGGAAGACUACGUCUUCUCAAGAGAUGGGCUUAGAUGGGGGUGCUGUAAUACCAAAUCCUAAAUCAUGAGCAUUUUCUCCACUGUGUACAGAGGCAAAUCAUGCAUCUCUGAGUGCAAUUUGGUCUCAAGAGAAAAGCAUGUCAGCCCACUUGCAGCAGGGGUGCUGUGGUUUGAAUGGAUGCCAUCACUCUUUUCUCCACAUACGGUGCAGAGAGCUGUCUGGAAUGGCAGUAUCAACAGAUUCCCUGGCGCUCCCUCUCCUCCUCCUUCCAUCACUACUGUAAGUAAAAGGACCAUGGGGGGAACCAGGAGUAAAAUCAGUCGUGCCCAGUAGCCAACUCCCAGUCUAGAAAACAAUUCCUGAUGCAGCUGUUUUGGUACGUCUUUUUACAUGCACUCUGCAUCAAGGUUUUUCUGUAAGAAGUCCUUCAGAAAUCAGCAAAAGCUGGGAUGACCCGGGCAUCUUGUUUUGUAAAAUUUAAAAAAACAGUUGUCACUGUAGAUGAGCAACUCGUCUUUUUAAAGUAUAGUUCUUGAACUGGUUCUGAGAAAUCUUGAAAGAAAAAAACCUCCAAAGUAUACAUUAACUAAUUGGCAAGAUUAGAACUUCCUUUCUGAAUUUUUCACUCAGAAAGUUACAUUGUAUGAAAUAUAACAUAAAGCUACUAAACUGCUUUGUAUUCUAUUAAGAAAUAGCUCCUAAAGGCAUAGUCUUGUUUCAUAGUUGUUGCACUAUAUAAGAGCUUAAAAUGUAAACCCAGUUCUUCUCUGUGUAGAAAGGGAACAUUGUGUUACUUAAUGGAUUUAUUUAUACAGAGCCUUCGUUGCCAACUGUAAUCCAGCCAUCCACGCCAGUCUGUUUUGAGGUGGCGAUAGCACAAGGGAAGAUGAACUUUCCCUGUUUGUUUACCUCUUUUCGUUGGCUGUAUCUGAUGACGGUAUAAGAUGUUCUUAAUAAAGUUUUAUGUUCUUUUUGAAACGUG